GAGAGUUGUCUCCCUCUGACUUCUGCUGUCCUCUCCAUAUUAUAUAUAUUUAUAUAUGUAUAUAUAUAUGAGGUAUAGCUGAUAGCUUGUUUCCACAAAUUGGAAAGCAAAGUCAUCAUCAUCUUCCUCCCUUCCCUUUGUUCAACACUCGACUGGAAGGGAAACACACUCAGAGAGACAGAGAGAGAUGGGAAGAGCACCGUGCUGUGACAAGGCAAAUGUAAAGAAAGGGCCGUGGUCUCCCGAAGAAGACGCGAAGCUCAAGGAUUACAUCGAGAAACAUGGGACCGGGGGCAACUGGAUCGCUCUCCCUCAGAAAGCCGGUCUAAAGAGAUGUGGGAAGAGCUGCCGGUUAAGAUGGCUCAACUAUCUCAGGCCGAACAUUAAACAUGGCGAAUUCUCCGAUGUCGAAGACCGUAUCAUCUGCACUCUUUUUGCUAAUAUCGGGAGCAGGUGGUCCAUAAUAGCCGCCCAGCUGCCCGGGCGGACGGACAAUGAUAUCAAGAACUACUGGAACACGAAGCUGAAGAAGAAGCUCAUGGGCAAUUUCUACAUCAACCCGCCAGGUCAUAGUAACCUUUCUUGUGGAAUGCCGUUGGCACCCGAACAACGACAACACUUCAUCGAUCCCUUCUCUCCAACGAUCCCAACACUGUCAGUCCCUAGCUCUUCCACUUCCGACUUCUACGAACUCAGUCCAUUCAAUUCCUCGUCAUCCUCAUCAGCAGCAACAAACCUUCAGUCCCGAGAGACCCUUGUGGGCCCCAUCAAUAUGUACGGUCACGAAGCUGCUAGCUGCAGCUCCUCCGAUGGAAGCUCCGUCGACAAAGAUAAUCAUCAUCCUCGGUUCGAUCAUCACCAGCAGGUGCCCAACAAUAAUCUGCAGGGCUUCUCACCGUCUCACUAUGGGAAUGAGAUCUUGGGGCCAGGCGAUCAAGACAUGAUUAACUACGGCAGCAACAGUGCCCCGUUAGAUUACUAUGGCUCCAUCGAGGAGAUCAAGCAGCUUAUAAGCAACACUUCUUCUAGCCUCACCACCGCUACUACUAACCAUAAUAAUAAUGACUGUAAUUACAGCGGCUUCUUGUUCGAUGUCGAGAACCGGAGCAGUAGUCCCGAAAGCGUAGCGGCCAAUGUACCUACUAGAGCAGACGAAGGAGUCUUGUACUACUACUGAUUAUUAAUUAAUUAAGUGAUGGUGACUUCUGGUGAAAGAUCAAAAGAGAUUUGAAAAUCAACGUAUUGGAGUUAGAAUAUGUCAGAGAUUUGGACUCCGUCUGUGCGUUCAGAAGGACAAUAUGGUAAAAAUCGGGGUAUUACUAUUACUAUUACUUUUUUCUCUCUGCAAUAGGAAAAAUGUCAUGGAAAUCAGAGAACAUUCGAUUAAAAUAAUGUAGUUGAGCUUGUGACUCAA